CUCCUCCCACCUCCGUCCCAACUCCCAACGCCACCGCGCCGCACUGCGACUCCCCCCACCGGAAGCCAUCCACUGCACCGUACCCUCCUCCCCCUCCACCCCAAACCACCUCGUGCUCCCUCCGCAAGCCCGCAUCCUCUGCGAUGAAUCAAGUUGGCCAGCGGCCACCACCGCCGCCGCCGGGGAGCUUGAUCAGGAUCCUGCGCUCGGUGGCCUAUUCACUGGGCUUAUCUAUCCGCUCUCUCAUGAGGCUACUGUGGCGCGCAUGCCGCUUACCGGCGGGCCAAGACGAGGAGGAGCGCAAUGAUGCCAAGAACAAGAACAAGACAGGCGACCGAGACGAUGAGGAUCGCCAGAAGAUGACGGAGAUUGCCGCCAGGAAACGAGCAAGGAAGAAGGCCAAGAAAGCGGCCAGAAAGGAGGCCCAGGCGAAGGCCAAGAAGACCAAGAAGGAGGCCAAGGCGGAGGACAAGAAGAAGAAGCAGGAGGAGGAGGACAUGCAGAGGAAAGAAGAGGAGGAGGCGGCCAAGGAGGAGGCCAGGAUCAGGGAAGAAGAGCAGAAGGCAGCCAAGGAGAAGGCCAGGCAGAAGCUUGCCGAGGACAAGAAAAAGGCUGACCUGGAGGAGGCCAAGAGAAGGCAGCGGGAGGACGCCGCGCGGAGGAAGGAGGAGGCCCAGAUGGAGGAGGAGGACAGGCAAAGGAGGCGGGAGGAGGCCCAGAGGAGGAAGCAGGCGGACAAGAACAAGAAUGAGUAUGAGAUUGAGAGAGAUGCUCAUAGGAGCUUCAGGGAUAAGAAUCUUAGCAGCCUCAAGGAUAAUGGAAUGACCGUCUGUAUGAUCUGCUACUUUGAAAAAGAGGACUAUAAGUAUGGAUGUACUGACAAGCAGGUAGCGUUUUUCUCUCGACUUCCUAAUUGAGUGUGGUAAACUAAAUUCAGGGACUAAUCUUGGUUUUUGUUUGUUUGUUUCUUUUCAGAAGGA